AUGGAACACUACACGUAUGCGCCGUUGACUGAAGUCAAUGAGAUUAGGGUCUUGGAGCUUUGUCCUGGCUCUUUCGAUGAUACCCUUCGUGUUCAACUCCGACACAGCGUUCUCGGACGUCAGGGCUCCCUAUCAUAUAAAGCACUAUCCUAUACAUGGGGCAGUCCACAGGAUCCUGUUGCGGUGGAAAUAUUCGAUACUUCCAAAUAUCAAUUCGUCCAAGGACAUAUUACUCAGAAUCUCGCCUCUGCACUCCGGCAUCUUCGAACAGAAUCCAGCACAAGGAUCAUCUGGGCUAAUGCGAUCUGUAUCAAUCAGAAUGAUGUUGCAGAGCGAACGAGCCAAGUUGCAAUGAUAGGUGACAUUUAUCGUACAGCAACAAAAGUGGUUGCAUUUCUUGGACCCGCGAGCCUGGCCGAGUCAGCCAUCACAAAGCGCCUGGAGAGCAUCUCAACCAUGCUAAGGGUCGACUUCGGGUCAGGAAACAUAAUUUCCAUCAAUAAGGAAAAGGAAGGUUGGGCCGAUAUGGAGCAGGAGGUCCCAUUAACCAAACAAGACUUACAGAGCUUACAUCGUCUUGUACAGUGCUCAUGGUUCGAUAGACUCUGGAUUCGACAGGAGAUUGGCUUGGGAGGGCCCAGAGCCUUUUUAAUAUACGGGUGUCAAACCAUUCCUUGGACAGCUUUCUGCACGUCAACAUUUGCAAUCCAGCACAAACCGCUUCCUAAGGCACUUUUACCAGACAGCGAGUUGGCCUCUCUACGACACAGACUUCGUAUUAUUGACAGCGUCGUCGUUUUAUCGGAAAGAAAGUUUUCCCUCUCAGAUCUCCGCCAAGACAUUCAAUACGCCAAUUGUGUUGACCCAAAGGACAGAAUUUACGGUGUACUAAGUCAACUCAACCAGCACGACGCGAAAUUGUCAAUUGUACCUGAUUAUAGCAAGUCUACACGGGAAGUGUAUAUGGGUGUGGCAACAUUGGUAACACAACACUACGGCCAUCUGGACAUAGUUAGACAGGGCGGAUUGAAAGCAAACGAUAUGGAGGACUUGCCCACUUGGGUUCCAGACUUCACCCAGCCCAUGGACAUAGGAGGGUUUGACUGCAUGCCACGGCCUCUAUACAAGCUCUUUCCAGAUGUAUUUUCGAUAGACGGACACAUCCUACGGGCGUCGGGACUACAUUAUGGAUUUGUCCAGCACGCAACACCGAUAAAUCACGAAUCGCUGCUGUCGAAUAAUAGAGCAGCAGUACGCGAGAUCAAGCGGAUCGCAUUGACUCUGAAAGUUCAUGAUCAGUACCCGACAAAAGAAACUGUUCUUGAAGCAUUAUGCGCUACAUUGAUUGCUGGUAACUUCCAGGAAAAAUGGUACCCGUUUGAAAGACAAACGCGGUGCCCGUCAGUACAUGAUGCUCGCAGGUUCCUCGAAACACUCAUUGCUCAUACAGAAGAACCCACGGGCUACGAAUAUACAAAACGAACUUACGUGCAGAGUGUACAAGAUCAAUGCAGAAGUCGCUACCUCUUCACCAUGAACGACGGACACAUCGGGAUAGGACCUAUCACAGCCAUGCCUGGGGAUGAAGUGGUCAGUCUUUUCGGACUCCAUACUCCUAUUGUGAUCCGUCGUUCCUGCGACGAUUCGGGCGAGAUAUAUUAUCAAAUCAUUGGCGUUUGUUACGUUCACGGCUUUAUGCAAGGACAGGUGCUCGUGGGCCGAUUGCCUCCGAACGUAUGGGAUGUCUACGACGAAGACAGGUCGCUGCCUCUGAAUGUGAGGGGUUUCAUGGAAAGGAAGGAAGGGGUCGACAUGCCUUUCACAAAUGACCCUCGGAUCGAACCAUUCUUGAAUUCGCUUGCCGAGAAGGGCCUCUUAAAGGACCCUUUGAUGGAAGAGCUCAGGAAGGCUGGACCCAAAGUACUAGAAUCAGCGGGCUUUCCACUCAGGGAAUUUGCAUUCGUGUAA